AUGGAGUUGUUGGGUGGGGGAACCUUCCUUAACCACCCCUACCCCCCCGUUUCAGCUCCACAUCGCGACAUCCACCACGACAGAACCCGCCAGCAUGGAGCCCCCCCUCCCCGUGCGCGACACUCCGGAGGGGACACUCCGGGAUGGACCCCCCCGCGGAGCCUGGUCCCGACCCUUCCCGCAGCUCCCGGCGGUGCCGGCACCGAGCUGCGGCGGCUCCGGUUCCGGCAGUUCCGGUACCAGGAGGCGGCGGGGCCGCGGGACGCGUGGCGGAGGCUGCGGGAGCUGUCGCGGCGCUGGCUGCGGCCCGAGGAGCGCAGCAAGGAGCAGAUCAUGGAGCUGCUGCUGCUCGAGCAGUUCCUCAGCAUCCUGCCCGAGGACAUCCAGAGCUGGGUGUGGGUGCGGCACCCCGAGUCCUGCGCGCACGCCGUGGCCUUGGCGGAGAGCUUCCAGCUGGGGAGAGGAGAAAGCGAAGGGAUUUGGGAGCAGCAGGUGACCGUGAGGGUGAAGGUGGAGGACGUGGCCCCCGAGGACCCCGGAGCUUUGGGGGUCCCCCGAGCCCCCCAUCGGAGCCCCCCCGGGAGGAGGCGGCCGAGGAGGAGGAGCCCCAGGAAGGAGGUCAAAACCAUCUCCUUGUGCUCCAAAACCAUUUCCCAGGGUCCCACCCCAGCCCCGGAGCUGCCCCUUCCCCACCCUCCAGCCCCUCAGAGCUCCGGCAGAGUCACUCCCUGCCGCCAGCCCCGUCGCGACGCCGCGGGCUCGGCUUCGCGGCCGUUCCCGUGCGCCCAGUGCGGCAAAGCCUUCGGCCGCCUCACCCACCUCAAGACCCACGAGCGCACGCACACGGGGGCCAAGCCCUACGGCUGCGGCGCCUGCGGCAAGCGCUUCGGCCACCUGUCCACGCUGACCACGCACCGGCGGCUGCACACGGGCGAGCGGCCGUACAGCUGCGGCGCCUGCGGCAAGAGCUUCACCACCCCCUCGGACCUCAACAAGCACCAGCGCUCGCACACGGGCGAGCGGCCCUACCCGUGCCCGGCCUGCGGCAAGCGCUUCAGCCAGCAGUCCAACCUGACCAUGCACCGGCGCAGCCACACCCAGGAGCGGCCCUACCCCUGCCGCGCCUGCGGGAAGAGCUUCAAGUACCUGGCGGACCUGACGGUGCACGAGCGCUCGCACACGGGCGAGCGGCCCUUCCCCUGCGGCCACUGCGGCAAGAGCUUCAGCAACAAGUCCUCGCUGGCCCGGCACACGCGGAUCCACGCGCGGGCGGCGGCCAGGGACAAGUGUUGGCUCGCUGCUCCUGGAGAUGGGAGCCACGGCCACCGGGAGCUGGUGGCCUCAGGACUGGCUCAAACAUGGAUGAGGAUGGACGAGCCCGGCGAGCGGGCGGCAGCGCUCCAGGUCAGCGCGGACGUCGGUGACGGCGACGCUCCGCGCCCAUCCCGCCAUGGGCACGCGGUGCUGGCUGCCCGAGCGGAAUUCCCGGGUGAGCCAGGCCGAGAAGGGACGCGGAUCUGGCGCCGGAGCCCGCGCAGAACCACGGCGCACUCGGAGCGCGCCGGGAUCUCCUGGCGCACGCGGUGCUCGCGCGACACAAACUCGCCGGAGCUGGCACCGCCCGCCCACGGCACGGUGGUGACUUCUCCCAAAUGCCACCCUCCCGAAUCGGUGAGAACCAACGGAGCCGCUCGUAGAACCCCGCGGGCGGCCGCCAACGCCGGCAGCUCGGCGCUCCAACCGCGCUCCACCUCCGUGGCCUCCUCCAAGGUGACAAAUUUGGCGGUGGCCUCGCAGGCGUCGUUGCUUGUCAGCACCUCGGCCAGCUCCGCGGGCUCGGCGCUGUCCAGCGCGGCGCUGCCGUUGAUCUCGUACCACUUGUACCAGAUCUCCUCGCCGUCCACGGCCACGAACAGCGCCUGCUGCUCCUUGGAGGCCUUGCCCAGCCCGUCGGGGCUGCGGGCCCACGAACAGGUCGAUCAGCGGGCAGCCCUCCACCGCGCCCUCCGGCGUGCUGCCGAACGACGUGGCCACCCAGUCCAGCGCCUCGAAGCCGCCGGGGUUGACCAGGAGCUGGAAUUCGGAGCUGUGGCGCUCCCCCUCGUUCCAGGGGUAGAAGCAGAAGGGGCCGCGCUCGGGGUCGAAGGAGCCCAGGUUGCAGUCGUGGGCGCGGGUGGAGCAGACGAACUCGGCGCGGCCGGAGUGGCGGCGGCGCGGCCCAGGCGUUGCGCGGCGGCGGCGGCAGCGCCGGGCUCGGUUUUAUCCCGGUUUUAUCCCGGUUCUGCUCCGGUUCCGGCCCCCGCAGGUGCGGCCAUGGCGGGCGCGGCUCCCCCCUCAGGUACCCCCGAGCACCCCUUCACCUGCCGGGAGUGCGGCAAAUCCUUCCGCUGGUCCUCGCGCCUGGCGCAUCACCUGCGCAGCCACACAGGUGAGCGGCCCUACAAGUCCGAGUGCCCCAAGGCCUUCAAGGGCUCCUCCGCCCUCCUCUACCACCUGCGGGGCCACACAGGUGAGAGGCCCUACACCUGCUCCACCUGCGGCAAGAGCUUCAAGCGCUCGUCGCUGCUGCAGACUCACCUGCGCGUGCACACGGGGCUGCGCGCCUUCAGGUGCGCCCAGUGCGGCCUCACCUUCAAGUGGGCCUCGCACUACCAGUACCACCUGCGGCAGCACUCAGGUGAGCGGCCCUACCGCUGCCCCACCUGUCCCAAGGCCUUCAAGAACUCAUCCAGCCUGCGGCGCCACCGCCACACCCAUACAGGUGAGCGCCCGCACACCUGCGCCACCUGCGGAAAGGGAUUCACCCAGGCCACCAACCUGCGGCAGCACCUGCGGGUGCACACAGGUGAGCGGCCCUACACCUGUUCCACCUGCGGCAAGAGCUUCACGCACUCGUCCAACCUGCACCUGCACCGGCGCACGCACGGCCCCGCCCCGCAGUGCCCAACCUGCGCUGUGCACACCUGCCCACAGCAGCACCUGCAGGGCCCCACCCCCGCUGCCCCCGCCUCACCUGAGCCACUCUGGAGGCCGCUGGGGGUCACCUGUACGGAGCAGGAGGGGACGGGCGCGGCCGCCCCGGCCCUGCCCCACCGCUGCCUCACCUGCGGCAAGAGCUUCAAGAACGGCUCGGGGCUGGCGCGGCACCUGCCCGGCCACGAGCGGCCCAGGUGCGCCGUGACGCCCAGAGCCCCGCCCCACCUGGCCGCGCCUCCGCCAGGCGAGCCCGCGGCCGCCGCCGAGCCGCCGGCGCCGCCCGAGCGGCCGUACAGGUGCGGCGAGUGCGGCAAGGCCUUCAAGGGCUCCUCGGGGCUGCGCUACCACCUGCGCGACCACACAGGUGAGCGGCCCUACACCUGCUCCACCUGCGGCAAGAGCUUCAAGCGCUCGUCGCUGCUGCAGACUCACCUGCGCGUGCACACGGGGCUGCGCGCCUUCAGGUGCCAGUGCGGCCUCACCUUCAAGUGGGCCUCGCACUACCAGUACCACCUGCGGCAGCACUCAGGUGAGCGGCCCUACCGCUGCCCCACCUGUCCCAAGGCCUUCAAGAACUCGUCCAGCCUGCGGCGCCACCGCCACACCCAUACAGGUGAGCGCCCGCACACCUGCGCCACCUGCGGGAAGGGAUUCGCCCAGGCCACCAACCUGCGGCAGCACCUGCGGGUGCACACAGGUGAGCGGCCGUACACCUGCUCUACCUGCGGCAAGAGCUUCACGCACUCGUCCAACCUGCACCUGCACCGGCGCACGCACUCGGCGGCGCGGCCCUUCCGCUGCCCCACCUGCCCCAAGUCCUUCGUCAUGGCCGCCUACCUGCAGCGGCACCUGCGCACGCACGGCCCCGCCCCGCGCCGCGCACUGCGGCCCCGCCCGCCGCUUACUGCUGCUGCCGCGCCGCAGGGGCUGCGGGUCCUGCCCGCCGCCGGCUCCUCCGCGCGCAAGGUGCUGCUGCUGCCGGCCCCGCCCGGCCACGCCCGGCCGCACCUGGCGCAGGUGGGCAAGGGGCAGCACACCUGGCAGAGCGUGCUGGUCAUACCUGGAGCGGGGCAGGAGGGGGCGGGGGUGCAGCUGCAGGUGGCUGAGGUGACAGGUGGCACAGGUGUAGUGGGUGUGACAGGUAUGGCAGGUGUAGGGGUGGCGGGGGUCACAGGUGUAGGUGUGACAGGUGUUACAGGGGUCACAGGUGUCACAGGUGUUGGUGUGACAGGUGUUACAGGGGUUACAGGGGUCACAGGUGUUACAGGUGUCACAGGGGUCCAGCUCCAGGUUCUGCCGGUGGCCUCAGACAUCACCAAUGUCCAGGUGCAGGGCGGGGAGGUGACAGGUGUGACAGGUGCCACAGGUGUAACAGGUGUAGAUGUCACAGGUGUGACAGGUUUGACAGGGGUCACAGGUGUUACAGGUGUCACAGGGGUGCAGCUCCAGGUGCUGCCGGUGCCCUCAGAGGUGACCAAUGUCCAGCUCCAGGUGCUGCCACCGCCAGCAGAAGUGACCAAUGUGCAGCUCCAGGUGUCACCACCAGAGGUGACCAAUGUCCAGCUCCAGGCAUUGUCACCACCUGAGGUCACCAAUGUCCAGCUCCAGGCAUUGUCACCACCUGAGGUCACCAAUGUCCAGCUCCAGGCAUUGUCACCACCUGAGGUGACCAAUGUCCAGCUACAGGUGUUGCCGCCACCACCUGAGGUCACCGGUGUCCAGCUCCAGGCCACUGAGGUGACCAAUGUCCAGCUCCAGGCCCUGUCACCACCUCCAGGUGUCACCAGUGUCCAGCUCCAUGCAGGUGAAGUGACCAAUGUCCAGCUCCAGGUGCUGCCACCACCAGCAGAAGUGACCAGUGUCCAGCUCCAGUCAUUGUCACCACCUGAGGUCACCAACGUCCAGCUCCAGGCCCUGCCCCUGACCUCAGGUGUCACCAACGUCCAGCUCCAGGUGUUGCCACCACCUCCAGGUGUCACCAACGUCCAGCUCCAGGCCAGUGAGGUGACCAAUGUCCAGCUCCAGGUGUUGCCACCACCACCUGAGGUCACCAACGUCCAGCUCCAGGCCACCAAUGUCCACCUGGAGACCUCAGAGCUGCCCAGUGCCCACCUGGAACCCACAGAAGUGACCAAUGUCCACCUGGAGGUGCCCAGUGCCCACCUGGAACCCACAGAGGUGACCAGUGUCCACCUGGAGGUGCCCAGUGCCCACCUGGAACCCACAGAGGUGACCAGUGUCCACCUGGAGACAAUGGAGGAGGUGCCCAGUGCCCACCUGGACAUGUCAGAGGUGCCCAGUGUCCACCUGGAGACCACAGAGGUGACCGAUGUCCACCUGGAGACCAACGAGGAGGUGGCCGACAUCCACUUGGAAGUGCCCAGUGUCCACCUGGAGACUUCUGAGGAGGUGUCCAGUGCUCACCUGGACACCUUGGAGAUGACCAGUGUCCACCUGGAGGUGACAGAGGGGCACCUGGACCCCCCUUAGGAGGUGGACAAUGCCCACCUGGAGACCACACAGGUGCCCAGUCCUUACCUGGACACCUUGGAGAUGACCAGUGUCCACCUGGAGGUGCCCAGUGCCCACCUGGACACACCUGGAGGUGCCCAGCACCCACCUGGACACACCUUGGAGAUGACCAGUGUCCACCUGGAGACCACACAGGUGCCCAGUGCUCACCUGGACACCUUGGAGAUGACCAGUGUCCACCUGGAGGUGACAGAGGAGCACCUGGACCCCCUUAGGAGGUGGACAAUGCCCACCUGGAGACCACACAGGUGCCCAGUGCUCACCUGGACACCUUGGAGAUGACCAGUGUCCACCUGAAGGUGCCCAGUGUCCACCUGGACACACCUUGGAGGUGCCCAGUGCUCAGCUGGACACCUU